GAGCCGUGCUUAAAUCCAACGGCACUAGCUGUCCUCUCCAUUCGUAAAGAUGCAGAUGGCCGAAGCCAUGGCACCUAAAUCAUCGAGGAAGGUCAAGCCGUCGCCAAGACCCCAGGCUUCUGCCGCCAAAUUUUUGAAAAAUCCAAAAGUAGCCUUCGCUUUGGCUUUAAUUUUCAUGGACGCCCUCCUUGUCGCUCUCAUCAUCGCCUACGUUCCUUAUACAAAGAUUGAUUGGGACGCUUACAUGUCACAGGUAGCUGGGUUUCUUGAAGGAGAAAGGGACUACAGCAACUUGAAAGGUGAUACUGGGCCGCUGGUAUACCCAGCUGGGUUUCUUUAUGUUUACUCAGCCAUUCAGUAUGUCACAGGAGGGGAUGUCUAUCCAGCUCAGAUAUUGUUUGGCAUUUUAUACAUCAUUAAUCUGGGUAUCAUCUUAUUCAUCUAUGUGAAGACUGAUGAGCUUCCAUGGUGGGCUCUUGUCUUGCUUUGUCUCUCAAAAAGAGUGCACUCAAUCUUUGUGCUGCGUCUCUUUAAUGACUGUUUUGCAAUGACUUUUCUCCAUGCUGCAUUGGCCUUGCUUCUUUGCCAACAGUGGUAUCUGGGGCUGAUUCUUUUCAGUGGGGCUGUUUCAAUAAAGAUGAAUGUCCUUCUCUAUGCUCCACCUUUAUCGCUUCUUAUGUUAAAGGCCAUGGAUGUUACAGGAGUGAUAUUGGCUUUAUCUGGUGCAGCACUAGUGCAGAUUCUAUUGGGGCUCCCCUUUUUAGUCUCCAAUCCAAUUGCAUAUAUAUCAAGAGCAUUCAACCUUGGGCGUGUCUUCAUCCACUUUUGGUCUGUUAACUUCAAGUUCAUUCCUGAACCAGUUUUUGUAUCAAAGCAAUUUGCAGUCUCAUUGCUGCUUACUCACCUUGGAUUGCUUGCUGCUUUUGCCCAUUAUAGAUGGUGCAAACAUGAAGGAGGACUUUUUAAUUUUUUACGUUCCAAGGCCGUAUCUAUUAAGCAGCCAUCUGCUCUUUCAAGUUCUAGUGGUUUGUCCUUUAAGAUUCUCAAGGAAGAACAUAUUAUGACAAUGAUGUUUUCCGGGAACUUUAUUGGCAUUUUAUGUGCCCGCUCACUACAUUAUCAGUUCUAUUCAUGGUACUUCUAUAGCUUACCAUAUCUUUUGUGGAGAACUCCUUUCCCUACAUUGCUACGUUUGAUUCUGUUUGUAGGUGUGGAAUUUUGCUGGAAUGUUUAUCCUUCCAACAACUUUUCAUCUGCACUACUUCUAUUUCUACAUUUAGUUAUCCUCUGGGGUCAAUGGUCUUCUCCAUCUAAGUAUCCUUACAAGGAUGAUCAACUGUCAACUAAAGAGAAGCACAGAUGAGGUGUCUUUAACCCCACCCGCCCACCAUCAUUUUCCUUUUUUUUUUUCAAAAUUUAUUACUCUUUUCAUAGAAUUUACCUCUCCUCUUUUCUGUACUUGUUUGAUUACCUGAAUAUUUAGCCUACAAUUUUUAAUUUUUAUUAUUUUUGGUUUAAA